AUGGUAUCCUUUCUAGUAGAUCAUCCCAUGGCGCUCUCGAAACCUUCAAUGCAAGUUGGCGACGAUGAAAGCAUGGUCCAGAAGUCUGCGGCAGCGAAGAAAUGUCUCCCGCAGAAACGAGCCCACCAACAAACCGAAUCAUCUCGAAAGAUCCUUGUGAAAUGGGAUCAAAUAGAUGAUAUGAUUUGGGUAAAAGGGGUCCUCCCCUUUCUUGGCAUGGGGCACUAUGCCUUUGUGGCAGGAGUCAAUCGCAGAAUGAAGAAUCUAUAUCUGAUGUACUGCUCUACAGUAGACAUGCCUCCUUCCAUAAAGGCAGGUGGUUUUGGCCUCUCGAAACAAGCGACCAGCACUGACACACUCUACACAGCAGUCUGUGCCAGUGUGACCCGUGCCGAGUACUGUCGUGCUGCUCAAAAUGGACACUUGGAUGUCUUAAAGUAUGCCCAUGAUAACGGCUGCCCCUGGCAUGAAUACACAUGCUUUUAUGCAGCUAUGGGUGGACAUUAUGAUAUCCUAGAGUAUGCCCACACACAUGGUUGCCGGUGGGAUAGUCUCACAUCUCAUCAUGCAGCAGCUGGUGGCCAUAUAGAUUGCCUCAAGUAUGCCCAUGAAAACAACUGCCCAUGGGAUGCCAACACUUGUUCUUUGGCUGCUGAACGAGGGCAGCUGAAAGCUUUGAAAUUUGCUCACGAAAAUGGUUGUCCCUGGGAUGCCUCAACCUGCUCCAAGGCUGCCAAGGGUGGACAUUUGCGGAUACUGAAGUAUGCACGUGAAAACGGUUGUUCUUGGGAUGAAUGGACAUGCAUCUAUGCUGCCAGAAGCAAGCAUUUGCAAGUGCUAAGAUGGGCCCAAGAAAACGGCUGCCCUUGUCCGCCUGACCUGUUAGAAAUGGCCCUUGUGUAG